ACACUAUUUCACUUAAAUCAGCAUCUUUUCAAGGGAUGUUUGUACAGAUUAAAGAAUUCUUUGAAGAAAUUGUCACCAGUAUAAGAUCCAUUGACUCUUGAUUUGUAUGGGCGCUGAACAGGGGGUCUGCAACGCAGGUUGUGAGUGUGUGAGGUUCAAAACCACGUUUUUGUCAAAGACGCAAAAGACACGUCCGUUCCAACAGCGGUCUCUAUUCUCCCACAAGACUAAUAAACAAGCGUUGAAACGCGCCACGGAAGUGCCCCUGGAGCCCGCGCUGUGUUCAUUGGAUAGAAUCGUGUUGACCCGGAUGUAAUGGUUCGUGUCUCGUGCGAGCAAAGUCACCUGUGGUGAACGGCUGUACAGAUGCUUGGGGUCCCUGAAGAUUUUUGCUCCGUACGAUUUACCUUUGCCGAUCAAAGGUCUUCUUUGAAGCCUUUUUCUGAACUGCACCGAUGGAAAGCCCUCUGCCGCCGAGAGAGUCCGGGCAGUUUGUUGCAGAAAGGAGCCGCGAUGUUUCUGUCGAAGAGGAGGGCGUUAGGAGGAUUGCAGAGAUGCUCUAUGCUUUACGUGGCUGUGAGGAGUUCACCCCCCAGGGCUGGAAGAAGAUGAAUCCUCUGGCCCCCUCCUGGAGCUCCGAUGAGGCUAUCAACUGGGUUUUUGUUGUGGAUACCAUGAAUUUCUCCUUCUGGCAUCCCUGUGGUGAGAAGCCAUGCACCAUCACCUACAAGGGCAAAACCUACAGUGGGUACAUGGCUCUGUGUGCCGCUGUAACCAGGGCCAUGGAUGAAGGUGUUCCCAUCACAGAUGCCGCAUACAUGGCCAGUGUGACUCUGGAGGAGCUGAGGCAGGUCCUGCGGUCUGACAACAAGACGCCCAUGCCCAUGCUCGAGGAGAGGCACCGCGUCCUCAAUGAGGCCGGGAGGGUGCUGCUGAAAUAUGGCGGCUCCCUCCGUAGCUUCAUGGGGAAAGGCGACAACGAUGCAGAGAAGCUGGUCGGACACAUUGUGGACAGUCUGCCAUCGUACAGAGAUGAGGCAGUGUUCGAGGGUAAAAACAUAUCUUUCUAUAAGAGGGCCCAGAUCCUUGUGGCAGACUUCUGGGGUAUAAUGGAGGCCAGAGGAGAAGCCAGUAUUCCAAAUAUCAACUACCUGACCAUGUUUGCAGACUACAGGGUACCGCAAGCUCUUAUAUACCUGGGAGCGCUGCGGUACUCAGAGGAUCUCAUGAAAACUCUUAAUGAAGGAUUGCAGCUUCCCUCAGGAGACAGAAGGGAAGUGGAAAUCCGAGGCUGUUCCAUUUGUUGCGUGGAGAGGAUCAAGACUCAUUUGUGGUGCAUUAUUGAGGAAAAAGAGGGGAAAAGAAAUGAGGACAUUAAUUCAGCUGUCAUCGAUUUCUUCUUGUGGUCCUACGCCAAGGAGCACCACAUGGAGAUGUCUCACAUUCCCAUUCAUCUCACUCGCUGCAUUUAUUACUGACAGGCACUGGCCUGCUGUC